AUGGCAAUGUCCGUUGGAUUGUUGUCCGUCAUUAUUCUCUUUGUGAUUGUCACUCAUGUGGGAUCUUUUGUGGCAUAUUAUUUCCACCGUCGAAAACAACCUUCCCAUUCGGCAAGAUUCACCGUCACUGGGAGAUCGGCGUUUCGAUUGCAUUGGUUAAUGGUCAUACUGAUAUUCCCGUCGUAUAUUCUGGGCAUUGUGGCGGCAGCUUCCUGUAGUUUUUUGGUGGUAUCUGUUCCCAAUCCACGAGAUCCUCGCGAAGACUUGGAUUGGGGGAUUGGAUUUUCCAACAUUGACAUGCCCUCGGAAGUCGCAUCCUUCUUUGGCCAAGAUGGAGGCUGCGAGUCUUUGGAUACCGAAUUGGGAUCUCUCAAUAUUGUGAGCAAUUCCGCGGCCAAGUCAUUUGCUAUUUUCCAUUGUCUCUUGUCCAGCGUUGGUGUCGUGUUUGCGGUUCUCUUGACUUGCAACAAAAGACUGACAAUGGAACGGCGGGAUCUGAUUUGGUUGGUCAUGCGGAUCAUCAUGUACAUUUCCAUGUGGUGUGCCAUCUUGUCCUUCUUUUUGCAAGAGAAUGAGACUUGCGACAACUACAGUUGCUCGCUUGGAGGGCCUGGAUGGGCGCAAGUCGUUAAUGUUGUCUUCUUGUUGAUUAUUAAUUUCGUCCUCUUCUUCACCAACCCUGGAAAGGAACGAUUCGUCCAUACCUGCUUUUUGAGUGCCGAAGAGGCUCGACGACGAAGUGCCGUCAUGACACCGGAUGCCAAUGUGACGGAUGAUCCGACGGAAUAUCCAGUCGACUUGUCUACCCCUGGUCUUCGAGGAUCGACAGGAACAAAAUUGUCCAAGACUAAAACGUAG